ACAUUAUAUUAUAAUUCAAAGAAUAAUUCAAAGAAAAUCGAGAAAAAUAAAAAUAAAUCAUAUUCAAGUAAAGCAUUAUUUUACAAAUUAUAUCAUAUAUAUAUCUAGUUAUUUCAAGUUUGAUAUCUUUGGUAUAAACAUUAAUGUUGAAAAGCCAAGACCUGCACAUUUAAUUUUCGAGCCUGACGGCCACGCCGACUUGCCCCACGUCAACUUGGAUAAAAAGAGAGGUAACCACCUGGGCAGGAGGUAGCGUACUUUUAGUAGGUAUUGUACCUAGGUACUUUUUUAGAAUAGUACUUAGAAGUUAGGACGGGCUCUUUUGCAACAAUCGUCAACCAUCACCAACCAACAUCUUAUCACCAAUCACACAACGUCGCCCGAUCCUGACCAUUGCCGUCUAUUACCUGGGUACCUAGGUAGCAUUCCAACUACGAUAGAAUAACUAUAAUUGUUAUUUCCGAUCAUCCCGUACAGAUAUCCUUUCAACACUUCAAUUGACGAUUGAUCCCGAAAAUGGCCGAACCAACUGAGGGUAGCUCUGACCCUCAAAUCACCUUUAAGGUGAAGACGUCGGGCGACAAGCAGCAUACCAUCACAAUGUCCGAGACCGCUACGGUGUCCGAUUUGAAAAACAAGCUCGCCGGUGCCGAAUUUGAGGAUAUCCCUAUCGACCGACAGCGUCUGAUCUACUCUGGUCGCGUUAUGAAGAACGAGGAGCCCUUGAGCACAUAUAAGAUCAAAAACGGCAAUACCGUUCAUCUAGUCAAGAGUGCUGCGAGCAACCCGACCCCCGCCCCAGCCUCGUCAUCGACAACCUCUUCUACACCUACGGCGCCCCAAAUUCCUACCAAUAUGGCCGCGGGUACGGCAAACAACCCUUUGGCAGGUCUAACAGGCGCAAGAUACGCCGGCCUCACUAAUCUACCAUCCGCAGAUAUGUUUGGCCCCGACGGUGGGAUGGUUGGUUCCAUGAUGGACGAGGAACAGCUAGCCAAUAUGCUCAGUAAUCCGAACGUCGCCCAGCAGAUGAAUGAAAUGAUGAAUAAUGACGCUUUCAUCGAUAUGAUGAUCCAGUCGAACCCGAUGUUACGAAAUAACCCUAACGCCCGCGAAAUUGUGCGAUCGCCGCUCUUCCGCCAUAUGAUGACCAGCCCUGAAGCCUUACGAGGAGCUGCACGGUUACAACGAGCGAUGGGAGGCCGCCAAGCUGCCCAGAAUGCCUUCCCUAUGCCUGGCGUCACUGACACCACCCCCGGAAAUACACCUUCUAGCAGUGAGUCGGAUAAUAACAACACUAAUGCUACUAGUAACCAGAACCCCGGGGGCCAGUACAAUCCGUUCGACCCAGCUACCUGGAGCAACAUACAGGCUCCAGGGGCUGGUGGUGCCGCUGCUAAUCCUUUCGGUGCUUUCUUCAAUCCCUUUGCAGCGGCUCAACCGAGUCAAGGGGCGACCAGCCCAGGAGCAACUCCAGCAACGGGUGGCUCCCAAACCGAAGGCGCUAAUACUACCACCAACCGGUCCCAAGGGGCCGGCACCGAAAGCACAUCAAGUCCUCCUCCCAAUCCAUUUGCUAGUCUCUUUGGUGGAGGCGCAGGUUUUCCAGGCGCUGGUGCUGGUGCCGGGGCGGGCGCAGGUGCGGGCGCAAACCCUUUCGGAAACCUCCCUCCUAUGACGCCCGAGCUUUUGCAGCAAAUGGUCCAAGUUCUAGGUAUGGGGUCACCGUCAGGGUCACCUGCCCCGCCAGAUAACAGACCCCCCGAAGAACGAUACGCGGAACAGUUGAGACAACUAAACGAUAUGGGCUUCUACGAUUUCGACAGAAACGUAGCCGCCCUGCGACGGAGUGGUGGAAGCGUACAAGGUGCCAUCGAGCAUCUGUUGAACUCGUAACAGAUGACAAACUAUUAGCGUUUCGCUACUCUAUUGUGCCUUUUAUCAAGACGCUAUCAUGCGGUGGGUGUAGGCGAUGGAAUGCUCUUGUGGGAGAGGGGUGGCAGUUGGAUUGAAAUCCAUGACUUGAUGAAAUAUCCUUCCUGAGCAGGGUCCGGUCAGACGUCUUGCUCGGGCAUGAGUGUCUGCAACUGGAAGGGGGUGAUGUUUACCUUUGUAACACGUCUUAUAAUAGUGAGAAAAGAAGUGACACUAUUGAACCAGAGGCUUUUGUUAUGUCAAUUCGGUGCUAUAUAUGUCUAUAUGUGUCACGUCUAUAGAAUCUAGAUUGGGGGUGUGAUAAAAUGCAUGUUAUCGCCGGGGGGGCUAGUUAUAAUGGUGAAUAAUGUAGAUGAAGAUACGAACAAUAACGACAGCGUUACGAAGUUCUUGGCUUACGUUAAUUAUAAGAUUUUGGUUCUUUCGUUUUUAAUAUAAUACAUAGUACUUGUACAAUAACUUGAUGCAGGCCUAGUUUUAGAAAAUACACUAGGAGUCCAUAGUAGACGAGAAUAUAUAUCGUCUGGUGAAAUAACUGGGCAACCUACGACUAUACAAUACGCACCAAAGCACCUUAGUAAGAGAUUUUAGAAGUUAC